UUUCAGAUGAACUCAAACUAUAGGCAGGACAGCGUCGAAGGCGUUGACGUCUUCAAAAACAGAAAGAAUGGAUUCUGCGCAUGGAAUUUUACUUUUUACACGUCAGACAAGACGAUCCUUGGACAAAUAUCGACCAAGUGCGGACUAUUAAUUUUGCCAUCUUGUUCUGCAAGUAUUCCAAUGCAUGCAGUGAAUGUUCAUUGGGCGCAAUGUGACUGGUGCAAACUGAGUGCACCUGUGUGAGAUAAGUCACAGAGCUUACAAGUUCAUGAAAUAACUUUCAUUCUAAAUGUAAACAUGGCAAUGUCACCCCUGCCAUCCAUCCUGAACAAGAAGACCUGGGCAACUUUACGAGGGAGGCUCUUUUUCCUCUUUUUUAUUCUCUCAAAACAUCAGAAGAUAACAUGCUCCGUGCUCGAAAGUCUGAUAGCAGAGCGCACAGACUACUGGGAGGACUGCAACAGAACUCUCACGUCAAGUACACGGCCCAAAACUGGAAUCUACUGUAAAGGAACAUUCGAUGCAUUUGUGUGUUGGCCUCAUUCACCUCCCGGAAAUGUUUCCGUCCCCUGCCCUCCUUACUUACCAUGGAUCAGCAUGGACAUUUCGAGGAAGGCGCACAGAGAAUGCUUGGAAAAUGGAAGAUGGCGGCAGAAGGAGAAUUCCUCAGAGCCUUGGAGGGAUGACUCCGAGUGUCAAGGGGAUCAUUAUUUUAAAGACAAGGAAGAGCAAAUGCUUCGGCAGACAGCCCUGCGGGUGCUCUCCAUCAUUGGCUAUUCGCUCUCCUUGGCUUCCCUCGUGUUUGCAACGCUCCUCAUGGCCAUGUUUAGGAAGCUCCAUUGUACCAGGAACUACAUUCACAUGAAUCUCUUUGUUUCGUUCAUCCUGAGAGCUGUUGCUGUCAUUUCCAAAGAAAUCGUUUUGUACGUCAUGUAUUCCAACCUCCCCAAGGAUGAUCCCGGAUGGAACUCGUAUUCAAGUUCUCCGACAUCUCUGAUGUGCAAAUUCUCAAAAGUGGCCAUGGAGUAUUUUGUGGCCUGUAACUAUUUCUGGCUUUUGGUGGAAGCCAUUUUCCUUCACACGCUGCUUUUCACUGCUGUGCUGACCAAACGGCGCCUGUUGAAGAAUUACAUGCUGCUAGGAUGGGGAAUGCCCGUCUUCUUUGUGACACCAUGGACAGUUGUUAAGAUUUCAUACGAAAACACCGAGUGCUGGUCAAUUGUGAACAGAUGGUUCUGGUGGAUAAUAAAGGGCCCAAUCACAUUGGCAGUGCUGAUUAUUUUCUUCAUAUUCAUCAAGAUUCUCUUGCUGCUGCUUUCCAAGCUCAAAGCGGAUCAGGUGAAAUUUACCGAUUACAGAUACAGCUUAGCCAGGGCAACACUGGUGCUUAUUCCUCUUCUGGGAAUCCACGAAGUAGUCUUCACUGUCCUCGUUGACGAAUGCAUGGAGGGGAGCGGUCGAUACGCUCGGGACUUUGUUAAUCUCACCCUCAGCUCUUUUCAGGGCUUCUUGGUGGGAGUGUUGUAUUGCUUCGCCAAUGGAGAGGUACAAGCUGAGCUGAAGAAGCGUUGGCAGAUUUUCUUGUUCAACAACAACUUCCAGUUCAGGAGCUGUUUUCAAGGUGCACCACUCAAGCACCUUUGGAAGUGCACCAAAAUGCACCGGCCAGAGUGUCAACAAAGUGAUGAAGGAGCAAGUUCAAGUUCCACCGUCCACCCACACCUGCUCCAGGUGGCUCUGCAAGUGAGCGGUGGAACCCGUGGACAAAGAGAGAAUCAACGUCAGAUGGUGAAAGGACAUGACGCCACAGGUCUUGACUUUCUGACCAGGAAGAGUCUGUCCAGUAGUGACGGGGAAAUGACGCUAGGGGAGACCAUGGAGGAGAUUCUGGAGGAGAGCCAGUUUUGAAUGCACUUGGAUGGAAAGACACUACUCUAAAGUAUUUUGUCGAAAUAGUAGCUGCUACACAUGAACAUCACACCGUUAUGCCCUUCAUCAAUCCAUCACAUAUGUAAACCAGUAUGCACACUGCUUUUGUUGAUCUCCUUGUGGCUUCAAAUGCUCCUAUGAAUACAAUGUAUUUGUUGUUCUCCAUGUGAAUAUUGAAAUAUUGAGCAAUUAAAAGCGUACUGACCUUA